AUGUUCUUCCAAGAUGGAUUGAUGAGAUUUGUUGGGUUUCUCAUGCGGCUUGAUGGUGCUCGGAGAUGUGGCAAGCAAUGCGCCAAUGUUACUGGAUUUGAUGGAGGAAGGGACUGUUGGGUAGAGAAACGUUGUAGCAUGCUGCAGCUUGCAAGAUUCUCAUGGCAAUCAGCCAAUAAGCAUCGGACACGUGGACCAAAUUGGAGCUAUGGAAGCCUUCGGCACCUAGCUACAGUUCCGUUCCUAUCGAUCACACGAUUAGGGCAACUCCACCCCCAGGGGCACGUGGCAGUCCCACAAUUGGAGUCCACAGUCCCACAUCGAAAUUCUAAACAACUUGCACACCUCCCAAGGCCUAUAAAAGAGGACAACUACCCCAACUUGGAGCAUCGGAGAGUCUUCGGCUGGUACCACAUCAGUGCCCUAGGUCUUACCGAGCGUUGGUUAUCUUGCAGAUCGAACGCCCUACCGAGGCCCGGUGCAUACCGAAGGCCCAACAUCACUAAGUUGCACGGGAAAGUGCCGAACCAUUUUUCUGCGUCAACAGUUUGGCGCCGUCUAUGGGAAGCGAUAAGAAUCUACCUACAAUUCCUAAAAAACACAUGGGAACCACUUCAGUACCAACGUUCUUAUCGGAGGAUGGACUACCGUACGACAUGCCAAGUGGAGCAAGCCUCGCGCUGCACCCUAGCACUCCCUUCGGGUAAUCCUCCGGUGAUUCAGACUACGGUUGAAGCGGAGCUUCUGGCUCAAAUGACUUCCCUUCGGAAGGAAAUGGCCAAGCUCCAAGAACAUAACCACCUCCUCUCGUCCAAAGUAGACGAAACCCAGCGGCUGCUUAAUCAGCAGGAAACGCAGAAUAUUCAGGCUACGGAACCUUCCCAGAGUCUGCAGACCCCCGGUCGGCAGAAGAAAGGGAAGAAGAGGGCAAAGGCAAUGCCUGUGCCUUCCAAACAGGUGGUAGUUCCGGCUCCACGGGACCAGCCUCAUGUACCGAAAAAGGUCUACACUAACUGUCGCCAUCGGAUCAAAGACAAGGAUGCCGAACGGCAGCGGUCCCCAAUCAGGAUCAAUGCUCGCCUACGGGACUCACGGAUGAGGGUCCUUGGGAGCAAAUCACCUCUUAGAAAGGUCCGAGGGUUGGUGUCAGAGGUAGAAUCUGACGAUGAGUAUGCCCCCUCCAAGGGCACCAAAUCAAACUACCGUUCGGAAACUCCCACGGAGUAUUCGAAGGCAAGACCACCAAGUCCGAGGAGGUCCCAAGCCGAGAUCUCACUAUCCGUCUGCUCUUCCAGAGAAUUCAGAAGAUGGAAGACGACCGAACUCGGUCCCAGGAACCUGACUGGGGAAAACUUCUGCCGGGACCCUUUACCGAGCGCAUCAAGAAGUCCAGACCGGACAGGGAGGUACAGCCGUUGCGUAUACCAUUUUACACCGGCGUGGAAGACCCCUUGA